AUGCCGAAGCGCAAGCGUGAAGAGUCUAAUGAAGCUCCGGCGAUCGAUCUUGAGGCACAAAGACUCACUAUUCGAGCGGCUCGCCUAGAGCAGAAAAUCGAGCACGGAAUUCAGCAAAUACACCGCGCACUGAAAACUGCGCGAGGAUUUGAACGCCAAAAAUUGGGAAGGCGUCAAAAACAUGCACAGUCAAAGAAUGAAAAUGCUUUGCUAUCUAGAUUAUCGGAGGAGGUUCAGGCGUUGAAGUCUCUAGACCUGCUGGAAGUAUCAAGAAAGCACUUAAUCAAGCAGCUUAUGAAGACAAAGCGGAUUGCCGAGUCGAUAGUUUUUACACAAUUAGAUAUCUCGAAACAACAUGUUUUUAACGGGAAAAAGGAGGGGCCCGAAGCAAACGUCACGGCGCGACUAUUUAGUUCUAAUCCUGUUAAGGCUGUGAUUCCGGGGAUAAUGGAUGGAAUUCGAGGACUUCUAGGUCUAGAGAAUGCCAAACCACCAACUCAUAGACCUUCCACCGGUGAGAAGUCGUCACAGACUCUUAAAAUGGCAGCUCCAAAAGCACAACCACGAAUAGAGACACCUGGCGUCAACCCAGAAGACGUGAGCAUGGAUGAAGAAGGGAAUGAUUUCGAUUUCUCCCAGUUUGAUGACCGCCUAGCUUCGUCAUCUGGGUCAGAAAGCGAAGAUGACGACGGCAACACGGUUCAAAGACGAGAAGAGAGACGGUACGAUCCAAUUGAAGACCUUUCACUCUCACCAACGCCAUCAACGACGGACUCGAAGUCACCACCAGCCACGGUGGUUAAAAGUUCCAAGUCUUCCAAAGCCACCCAAAAACCAUCUACAACGACAUUCCUACCAUCUCUCACCAUGGGCGGCUAUUGGUCAGGGACGGAAUCUGAUGCCGAAGAUGACAUAGCAGCGGCUGCCAUUGCGCCUAGAAAGAACCGAAUGGGCCAGCAGGCCCGGCGCAAGCUUUGGGAGAAGAAGUUUGGCGCCAAUGCGAACCAUGUGCGCAAGCAGGCAGAAAGCAGAAAUCGUGAUAGUGGUUGGGACUUGCGCCGGGGUGCUAUGUCUCAAGAAGAUAUUGGAAGGGUACGUGGGAAAGGCGGAAAGUUCCGAGGUCAAUUUAAAACUCAUGAUGAACCCAGCACUCAAAACGAGCGUCCUAGAAACCCUCGGGGCGUGGUGAAACGAGAUCAGGACCAGGGGCCUCUCCAUCCUUCGUGGGAGGCGGCAAAAAAGGCUAAGGAGAAAAAGAGUCAGGCAAAUUUCCAGGGAAAAAAAGUUGUCUUCGAUUGA